GAGAACUGCCUUUGGGAAGCCUUCAAAGGCAAAUGGUGACUUCAUGAUUGAGGGCAUUUCCCAGCACGGCUGCAAAAACGGUCCAGCGUGUGAAGAAGAGCUCAUGGAGCAGCUGGCUAAAGCAGAAACUGAGCAAGAAAAAGAUGAUGCUGGCAGAGGAUAGAGAGCAUUUUGAGGAGUCACUCACAGCCAAGGCCUCUGCGGCAGAAAUGGAGAAAAUAAGGGUACGAAAUUCCUGGGUGCCAACCUGCCUAUGGCAACCUAGAAUUCUCCAGGGCAGGCUCGCAAAAUCUUCACCUACUCUCUGGGACAGUACUUUGCAAGAACAGAAGGGGGAAUUACGAAAGCGCCUAUCGUACACUACCCAUAAGCUGGAAAUGCUUGAAACGGAGUUUGACUCUACACGUCAGUAUCUUGAAAUAGAAUUGAGACGUGCUCAGGAGGAACUUGAAAAAGUAACUGAAAAACUGAGAAGGAUACAAAACAAUUACCUAGCCUUACAAAGAAUUAAUCAGGAUCUGGAGGAUAAACUUUACAGAAUGGGUCAACAUUAUGAAGAGGAAAAACGGGCUCUGAGCCAUGAAAUAAUUGCACUCAAUAAUCACUUAAUAGAAGCCAAGGUGACUAUAGAUAAGUUGUCAGAAGACAAUGAGCUCUACAGGAAGGACUGCAAUUUGGCUGCUCAGCUUCUCCAGUGCAGCAAGAACUAUGACAGGGCACAUAAACUUUCAGAGUUGCCCACUGACUUCCAGGAAAGAGUCAGCAUCCACCUGGAAAAACACGGGUGCAGCCUUUCUGUCCCCUUGUGCCACUCUUCUUACGCCGAUACCAUACCCACCUGCGUCAUUGCCAAAGUGCUGGAGAAGCCUGACCCCAACAGCUUGUCCUCGCACUUGUCGAGCCCAUCCACCAGGGACCUCAGCUUCCAGGACUCUGCCGGAAAAGUGGGACAAAGGCCCCAGUACAAGUCCGACAUCUACUGCAGCGACACGGCCCUGUACUGCCCCGAGGAGCGGAGGAGGGAGCGGCGGCCGAGCGCCGACACGCAGGUGAAGGACGUGGGGUUCCUGCGCUCCCAGAACUCCACCGACAGCACUGUCGAGGAGGACGGCUUCCACUCCAGCUUCUCCCACGAGGCCUUCCCAGAGUACAUCACCUCCCUGCCCACCUCCAGCUCCUACUCCAGCUUCAGCGUCACGUCUGAGGAGAAGGAGAACGCCCAGGCCAACACUCUGACAGCCUCCCAGCAAGCCAUCUACAUGAGCAACCGCGACGAGCUGUUUGAGAGGAAGUCACCGGCGGGUUACGAGCCCCAGGGCAGCCCCAGGUUUGCCAAGCCCAAGCCCGCCCAGCACAUGGAGCUUGCUGACGACAACGAGAACUCGCCCACGUUCACCAGGUCUCUGCCUCCAUAUGCAAACGAACCUUUCCACUUCUCAGCCAUAGCACCACAGCAGGCUUUAGCAAACCAGAAAAUGAGGAAUGAGUGCAGGAGCACCCACCUUUCGGAAGAAGACUUGCCCGGGCGAUGGAGGCAGCUGAGCGUGGAGGACAUUGGAGCCUACUCCUACAGGAACGCUGGCAGGCUCUCGCCCUGCAGUUUCUCAGAGCAGUACUACAGCAGCCCCAUCAAGAAGGGGGACAGUCGAACAAGCCCCAUCUAUGCUAGUUACAAAGCAGACAGCUGCUCAGAGGGAGACGAUAUCUGCCAAAGCAGACUUGUGGACUCUUGCUUCCUGAGAACAGACAGUGGCCUGAACAUUGACAUCAGCUCAAGCUGUAAACAGGACAAAUUGCCCACUUACAAAACAAAAGAAUCGAGAGACCAAAAAAACGAAAGGAUCACUGUCCAGUUGUGCAGUAGCAAAAACAUCGAAAACAGCCCGGCGUUGAAAAGAGAAUACGUGGACGUGAGCCCCAACAGCUCGGCUGAGUCACUCAAUCAGAGUUCAGUGGAGGCUUCAGAAAUCCACCAGUCUUCCAUGGAUCAAGGGAGCCAUGCGGGUGCUCACGGCAAACAGCCGCAGUUCCAGCGGACUGGCAGCACAGGUCUGAGUCGGAAGGACAGCCUUACGAAAGCACAGCUCUACGGAACCCUUCUGAACUAGGCACCUCCCCAAACGGCAAUAAGACAGCAAACAAAAGGAGCAGAAGAGCAUUUGAUACUUCUAGAGAACAAUGAGGUUCUAAGAAACAGGAUUAUUAUAAAAUAUAUAUUCAUAAUGGUACUAUAUGUUUAAAACGGAAUCUCUUCGAAAAUGUUAUACAGCACUUUUCACUUGACAUCCUUUCCACAUGGGAGACGGUCCC